UGUCAAAUGUCAUAUCCAGUGAGAAAACUUAGUUUAAAAAAUAAAUAAGUGACUAAAAAUUAGUGCUUAAUAAAUAUUAUCUGUUCAAAUUUAAUGUUAUUUUUUGGGGAAUAAUCGAGUUGUAUGUGCUGAGAUAUUUAUAAGGUUAUUGGUUUCACAUAAUAAAGUCAUGGCGAAUAGAACUGUUCGUGAUGCCAAAUGCAUUAAAGGCACAAAUCCCCAAUAUCUCAUAGAAAAGAUAAUACGUUCUAGAAUAUAUGACUCAAAAUAUUGGAAAGAAGAGUGUUUUGCCUUGACUGCCGAAUUAUUAGUUGAUAAAGCUAUGGAAUUGCGCUAUAUAGGUGGAGUACAUGGGGGCAAUGUUAGACCAUCUCCUUUCCUAUGUUUAGUUUUAAAAAUGUUGCAAAUACAACCUGAGAAAGAAAUCGUUGUAGAAUUCAUUCGAAAUGAAGAAUUCAAAUAUGUUAGAGCCCUAGGUGCUUAUUAUAUGCGAUUAACAGGCACUUCCCUUGAUUGCUAUAAAUAUUUGGAACCUUUAUAUAACGAUAACAGAAAAUUAAGAAGACAGAAUAGGCAAUCUGCCUUUGAAUUAGUUCAUAUGGAUGAAUUUAUCGAUGAACUGUUACAUGAAGAACGAAUAUGUGAUGUGAUACUACCAAGGAUACAAAAACGUCAUGUGCUUGAAGAAAAUAAUGAAAUUGAACCAAAGAUAUCAGCUCUUGACGAUGAUCUUGAUGAAGAUAUACCAAGUGAAGAUGAGAAGAUGGAAGAAAGCACAGUAGUAGAAAAAAUAAGUCAAUCUUCAGUAAAAGAUAAAAUAACCGAAACGAAACAGUCAAGUAAAAAGAGACACAGAUCAAGAGAAAAAACUGAUCGCAACGAUGAACGCAUUUCUCAUCGCAACAGGGAGAAAGACAGAUCUCGAAGUAAAGAGCGCAAACGAAAUCGAGAUCAUGAAAGAGAAAGAGAAAGGGAAGCACGACAUGCACGUUCAGAUGAUCGUGAAAGGACUAGACGGGAAUCAGAUAGAAGAGAUAGAGACAGAGAACGAGAAAGAGAACGUGAGCGGGGAUCCAGAAAUAGAAAUCGAUAUUAACAUUAUACAUAUUGAUAGUUUAAUUUUUUUCAUUUAAUACAUUUGUCAUAUUUUUAUAAAUACAUCCUAAUGUAUUUAUUUGGUUCAUUUAUUUUUGUACAAUCCCGUCACAUAAACAAUGAAUACACAUUGUCAGUAAAAAUUAAGGACAAAACUGAAACAAGUAUAUUUCC